AUGCAUUCCCUCACCGCAUCAUUCAUCUCCCUCUCCUUGCUCUCGGGGUCAGUUCACGCCCAGAACGCCCAAAGCGUCGCCCGAGUCUGGACACACUUCUACCCCAACUGCCCCGGCGACGCCUUCUCCAAGCUAGACACAUACGAGAACUAUCAGGAAACAGCGCCAUCUAAAGACAUCACUGUCGGUAGCUGUGAGAGCAUCUCAGUCCCCUCCUACGAGCACAGCAUCGUCAGUGCCAUCUCCAUUGAUGGCGAACUCCUCUCCCACAACCACGACCUCCCCUUCCUAGAAGGUGGCAGCGGCUGCAACAUCACCGUGCACGAGGUCCCAGAAUGCAUCGACCCACCUCUGAUCAGCAAGGAAAUUCGCGACGGUGUCGAGGUCAGUGAAUGUAAAGGACGCCAGUUCGCAGCAUACAACCAAGUGUGGGUGAGCCUAGUGUGCGACAAAGAUAUCAACGGCAUCGCGGAUGGAGAUGUGGACCCUAAGGCCAAAACGCAAGCCAAGCAAGCCAACACACAGCAGACGAAUGAACCCAAUGAGCCCGUGCGCGCUGAGAAACAGACCUCGAUUGAGGAUAUCAACAACAUCCAGACUCCCGGGUCAAACUCGGAUUCCUGGCAUUUGUCGCAGAUCACGCAGAACCAGCGUGAGCCUGAGCAGGAGGGUCGUGUUAACAAUGCUGGACAUGCUGAGAGCCAGCAGAUUGUUCAUAAGAUGAUGGAGCUGUUGAAAAAUAAGCCUUCUGUUCUUAUUGAUGGCAAGCACAAUGGUACUCAUCACUUUAAUGUUACCAUGCAUCAGAACGGUACUGUUGCUGGCAACCGUACUGUUAUCUCGCGUCGACGUCUGUCUGCCUUGCGCAAGCGCGUGGCUCGGUUCGUUUGA